GUACAGUACAACUGGCAGCUUACUGGGGGUGACUUGUCUUUUCAAAUUGUGACGUAGCAGAACUCAGUGGGCGGUAUCAGCCUGGGACGGCUACACUGUCAACACACUGCAAAAUGGCCGGUCGCAGAGAAGAUCCAGAUCCAGAUCCAGAGAGUGACGAUGACUCGUAUGAAGUGCUGGACAUUACGGACUACGCCAGGCGGCAUCAGUGGUGGAGCCGUGUUUUCGGGAACAACUCUGGACCAAUAGCAGAGAAGUACUCCGUGGCCACUCAGAUCAUGAUGGGCGGAGUCAGUGGCUGGUGUGCUGGAUAUCUUUUCCAGAGGGUUGGGAAGAUUGCAGCCACAGCCGUUGGUGGAGGAUUCCUUUUGUUGCAAAUCGCCAAUCACAGUGGUUAUGUGCAGGUCGACUGGAAGAAGGUCGAGACCGACGUGAAUAAAGCCAAGAAACACCUCAAGAAAAAAGCCAAUAAAGCAGCGCCUGAAAUCAAUUCCUUCAUCGAAGAGUCCUCAGAGUUUGUGAAGAGAAACAUCGUCCUCUCCAGUGGAUUCGUCGGCGGCUUUCUCCUUGGACUGGCGUCCUAGAAUCAGGCGUGGGCCCCCCCACCCGCCAGGACUGCCCACGAAUGCCCACGAAUAACUACUGCACACAGGAAGUUGGAAGUUGGUGUAACUGUGAAACUCUUCCCCCCAGAAGCGGGGAGACGCGUAUAUAAUACUGUCCGUGAAGCGACGGGAAUGGGAGGCGGACGCGCUGCUUCAGCCCUGCAGGCUGCUGAGAUAUCUCUCCCCCCCCCCCCCCCCCCCCUGUAAGCUGUGCCUCUGUAGCCUGUCGCCCCUCGCAGGUCUCCCACCCUGGCUGACAUUACUGUACUGUACUUAGGACGAGCUUCACUCCUGGCAUUAUGGUCAUCUAUGUAUUUUGGCUUGUCGUUGGUGAGCCGUGUCUUUGGGCAGUCUGCGACCCCACCGCCGCGUUACUUCAGUGUUGUAAUGUGCUCGAUAGGAAUUAGUGCAACUUCAGGAUGUGUCCUCGUAAAUGUGUAGAUAACAGGAUCAUAUAUGUUCACUACUGAGUCAUUUUCACAUUUUUUCACACUAAACGGUGCAAUAUCCCCCAUUCUUCAGACAGUAUUCCAUUUCCGUCAUGAGUACCAAAUAACUUUAUUUUUUCUUAUCAACUAUUAUUUUUAAUGUAUUCAGCUGAAAUAAACGUGGUGGAAAGCCUAAAUUGGCAAAAUGGCA